AAUACUACCCGGUCCAAGUCUUCUCGUUUGACCGCUUGUGUCAAAGCAGUCGUCUUCGAAGUGCACCGAACACAGAACUGUUUAAGAUGUCAGCUGAUCGGAAGAAAGUUUUGGUGACCGGCGGCAGCGGUCUAAUCGGAAGUGCAAUCCAGAACCUCAUAGACAACGUGAAGAUGGACGACGAGACCUGGGUUUUUGUGUCCUCAGAAGACGCCGAUCUCAGGAAUGCCGUGGAAACUGAGGCUCUGUUCGCGAAGCACAGGCCAACCCACGUGAUCCAUCUCGCAGCCAGUCACGGAGGAUUAUACAGCCACCUGAAGCACGGCCUUCAAUUUCUGCGCGACAACGUGUACAUGGACGACAACGUGCUGCAAGCGUGUCGGAAGACAGGUGUUAGGAAGCUGGUGUCCAGUCUUUCCAACUGCAUCUUCCCUGCUAAGGCUGCGUACCCUAUCAACGAACACAUGAUUCACAAUGGCCCUCCUUCCGUGUGCCACACUGGCUUCGCCUACGCCAGGAGACUUCUGGACAUCAAGAGCAGAAUGUACCAUAGCAAGCACAACUGCCAGUUUGUCUCGGUGAUCCCAGCCAAUGUUUUCGGACCUCACGGAAACUUCAGUCCCGAAGGCGGUCACGUGAUCCCCUCGCUGAUUGCGAAGACGUACGACGCCAAAGCGUCUGGAAAGCCUCUGGAGAUCUGGGGCACUGGCCGAGCGCUGCGACAGUUCAUCUACUCCGCCGACGUGGCACGCCUCAUCGUCUGGGUCCUCAGGGAGUACGAAGAACCGGACCCGAUCAUCCUGUCAGUGGACGAAUCCGAUGAGAUCAGCAUCCUCGAACUGGUCCAAGUCAUCACAAGAAUCAUCGGCUAUCAAGGGAACGUCGUUUUUGAUGCCACGAAAACCGACGGCCAGUUGAAGAAAACUCUGAGCAACGACAAGAUGCGACGGCUUCUUCCAACAUUUCAGUUCACCCCUUUUGAGGAAGCCGUUCGAGAGACCGCAGAUUGGUACGAGCGGAACAGGAACACGGCGAGGAGUUAGUACCACGGCCAAGGGGAACGUCGCACCGCUUUUGUCGCUCGUGUAGUUUACGGAUAAUGUGUGGAGUCUAAUAAAUAUCCUUAUACUGACAUCUGUAAAAAUCCUUA